ACAAGAAGACAAAAAAUGAACCUCUCGUUAACCACUAUUGGUUGUUAACUGUGAACAUGAGGGACAAGAGGUAUCAAGUGCUCGAUUCAUGGAGGACAUUCAAUGACAAAGCUCUAAGGGAAACUUACAAGAAGAUCCGCACUACUCUGUCCAUUCUAUGGGAGGAGAACUACAACAAGUCUAAAAUCAAAAUAGAUGAUUUCAUGUUGCAAGAAAUAGCAGUGCCAAAGCAAACCAAUAACCAUGAUUGUGGGGUUUGCACGCUCAUGAAUGCGGACGGCUGGGGAGGGAGAUUGCCACCAGAAUAUAAAGCCGAGGAUAUCCCAAAGAUAAGGAAGUUGCUGACGCACAGUUGGGUUACUUCAGAAGAUAACAAAGGAAACUGGAGGCAAAUUCUAAACAUUUGAAGAAC